AUGACGCGAACCUUUAGGAUCGAAUGGACAGACAGUAAAAAGAUGGCGGAUGACAAGAGCAAUAGCAUAGGCAGUCAUUCCACUAAUAAACGGUUCUGGAGCCCUUCUGUUCGCGGGGCGGCGGUGGUGUUUAUCGGUAUACUGUUGGCCGAGCCUGCGCGAGCCACCACGCACUGGGUGGUGACAGAGGACGGCAAAAUCCAACAGCAGGUGGAUUCUCCUCUUAACUUGAAACAUCCCCACCAUUUAGUUCUUUUCAUGCAACAAGAGACUCGUGUGAACUACCUCAAGAAGUUAGAGAAACAACUAGUUGCUCAGAAGAUUCACAUUGAAGAGAACGAGGACCGGGAUACUGGUUUGGAGCAGCGACAUUAUAAAGAGGAUGCUGACUGUGUCACCGCUAAAGUUGCUCUGGGAGACUUGGAUCUCUAUGAUGGCACUUUUAUAUCCCUGGAGAGCAAAGACAUAAAUCCAGAGGAUUUUUUGGAUCCGAUAUCUCCUCUACCUCCAGACCUGGAAAAACCUGACUGCGCUAAAAUUCUGGAUCUCCCUUAUAGCAUUCAUGCAUUUCAGCACCUCAGGGGUGUACAGGAGAAGGUAAACUUAACAUCACCCUUGCUUUCAAAGGAUGACCCAAUCUUUACCUCCCUGUCUCUUAAGCUGGGACAGAGUGUGGAUGAGAUUGGGCAUCGGAUACACCAGGCCCUUCUAAAAAAUUCCUCUUCAUGGGUGCUUUAUAACUUGGCCUCCUUCUACUGGCGGAUGAAGAAUGAACCCAGGCGAGCUGUGGACUGUGUGGUCCGUGCCCUCCAUUUUUCUCCAAGGCAGCACAAAGAUGUUGCUCUCAUCAAUAUGGCUAACAUACUUCACAGAGCACACUUCUCGGCUGAUGCCGCCAUUCUCGCCCACGCUGCUCUGGAUCUUACCACCGAUCUCCUAACCAGCCAUUACACCCUGGGCAACAUUUACGCUAUGUUGGGGGAGUAUAAUCACUCCGUGCUGUGCUAUGAGCAGGCCCUGCAGGCUCAGCCGGGCUUUGAGCAGGCCCUGAGGAGGAAACAUGCCGUCCUCUGUCAGCAGAAGCUGGAGCAGAGGCUUGAGGCUCAACAUCGGUCUUUGCAACGCACCCUGAAUGAACUGAAGGAGUACCAAAAGCAGCAUGAUCAUUACCUGAGGCAGCAGGAGAUGCUGGACAAGCACAAGCUCAUUCAGGAAGAGCAGAUCCUGCGAAAUAUCAUCCACGAGACCCAAAUGGCUAAAGAAGCUCAACUCGGAAAUCACCAAAUGUGUCAUAUGGGCCAGCAGAAGUUCACCCUGCAUUGCCCGUAUGACUUGCCUGUACGGUAUCACCGUGGAGAACUGUUUGAAAAUGUCCACUACAUUCAGUUUGGUGAGGAAGUGUCAGUAGCCAGCAGUGUUGCUCUGGUGUCCGAGUUGAGUGUGAAUGAGAGUCACAGUCCUCAGCAGUCCUACACCGUGUCUUUAGGACGGGAACCUGCAGCCCACUGGGACAAGGAGACCACCUCCACCGAUAAAUUGUUAGCUGCUCAUAAUUGGUUGUCAGAUUGUCUGCUUGCAACAUUUGAAUGUAAAACUAGGAUUGUGAUGGUAAAAACAAAAGCUUUACCGAAGGUCAAAUGGAAUGUCAUUUUCUCUCAGAUGAGUGGGCCGCUGUGGAUGAUACAGAAUGAAGCAGGUCUUUUCUGGCGUGCUAAAGGAAAUGGCACACAAGCUUUGGCUUGUCUGCGUCAGGCGCUCCAUUCUGCCCCUCCUCAGCACAGAGACAUGCCUCUGAUCAACACUGCCAACCUGCUGCUGCACUACGGCCUGCAUGACGAGGCCCAUGAGCUGCUGCAACAGGCCCUGCAGAUCAACCGCUCCGAGCCUCACACCCUGUUAAGUCUGGUCAACGUUCACCUCUCUCAGGGAAACCUGACUGGAGCUCUGGCCGUGUUUCGUCGGGCCCUGACUCUCACAGUUCAUUGUCCCCAGUGUCGUGCCAGCCUGCCUCUAAUGCGCUGUCUCCAGUUUUACCCCUUCCUUUACAAUCUCCAGCACCAGGCCUGUCCAUCUGGCUCUGGCUGUGAGGCUGAGGAAGACACCGAGCUGGAGGAAUGGGACACGGCCAGCAGCAGCAGCAGGCAGGAGGCCUGGGACACUGAUGCCAUGCCUGUGUCUGCUUUAGAAGACUCUCUUCUCUUUGAGAAGGUGGUGGUGGACAGCAAUGGUUCAGGGGAGGCGAGUGGGCAGGACAGGGUCCGAGAGCAAAAGACUGACGGGGUGGAGGAAGAGGAGCAGGACUGGCGUCUGAGAGAAGAGCUGAUAGGAGCAUUUGAGGGGGCUCUGGACAUGAACGGGAGGACAGGGGACCUACGGGGCAUCCGCGUGCUGAAAACCGACAGGGUCAUGGGGGCGAGAGCGGGAGGACCCUGCUUCGGCAACUGUGAGGAUGAUGAGGGAGCUGAAUGGAUAACAUUCCAGGUGAAACGUGUGAAAAAGCCCAAAACUGAUAACUCGGAGGGCUGGGUGGGAGAAGGAGAUGUUCGUCAGAGUGAACCUGCAGCAAGCAACUCCAUCCUUGAGAUCAGUGGACCCACAAUCCCCUCGCCUGGACCCUCAGAGAGAUGGAAGGACUACAGCAGUCUGGGUUGGCCCGGUCCAGAGGAAUGUCAGCGCACUCGUCGUGUGGACCUCACAACUGUGGCUAGUACCUGGCUGGCUGUGUCUGCCAAGAACAUAGAUAUCACAGAGCAUAUAGACUUUGCCACACCGCUUCAGGAGCCAGCAGUGGAGCCGGUGUGUAAUGCCAAUCUCCCUGCCAGUAUGCACACACUGGACCAUCUGAGCGGAGUUGCCAACCGCGGAGGCAUUCACUAUACUGGAGAGAGUCAACUCAGAGAGGUGUUGCAGAAUCUGGGAAAAGAUCAAUUUCCCUCACAGUCUUUUGAACAAGUGGGAACACGUAUUGCAAAGGUGUUGGAAAAGAAUCAGACAUCCUGGGUUCUGUCCAGCAUGGCAGCAUUGUACUGGAGGGUGAAAGGUCAGGGAAAGAGAGCCAUCGACUGCCUCCGCCAGGCUCUGAACUACGCUCCUCACCACAUGAAGGAUGUGCCUCUCAUCAGCCUUGCCAACAUCUUCCAUAAUGCGAGGCUAUGGGAGGACGCCCUGACUGUGGCACGCAUGGCAGUGGAAAUUGCUCCUCACUUUGUGGUUAACCAUUUUACUCUGGCAAAUGUUUAUAUAGCUAUGGAGGAGUUUGAGAAGGCCAUGCAUUGGUACGAGUCGACUCUAAAACUCCAGCCAGAAUUUGGGCCAGCCAAAGAUCGUCUGCGCACCAUCCAAUGCUACCUCCUCUCCAAGAGGGACAGGCGAGCUCCCUGAGGACACAACGCGCGCACACACACACACACACACACACACACACACGCACAAACGUAACAUUGUCAUUGCUCCUUAAUCUUAGCUAUCAGUGAGGAACACAGUGUUUGUCUAUUUGUUGUCUUAAUUUCAUAAAUAUAGACCAUAUCAUAUCAUAUCAUUAACCAUACUGUUAAUAAGGUUGGUGUUCAUUUGAGCUAUGAAAACGGUUUCCCUUUUUUCUGAUCUUUACAAAAAAAUGUAUGAUGUUGUUUUAAGGCUGAAGGGUUGUUUAUUUCUAUAAAACAUCUUGAUAUUCCUAUAAAGGGAUAUUUUGGCUGGGGUCGAGAUCCAAUGUUUGAAUGUGUCGGACUGUAUUUGAAUGCUAUUUCUUUUAACAAUAAUACCAAUAAUACAAUGCAUCUUUUAGUCUCACCAUAUCCACAUGUCCCUCUCUCGCAGCAAUAGCUGCUAGGUGUAUAAAGGGUGUCUUAAAAUGUUAUUCAGAAUACAGAUGGUUAAAAGAAACACUGUAGUCUUUUUACUUUACACAACCAUUCUCCGAUUUAGUUAUGUCUAAUAGUGACAGUUCAGGCUGUUGUAUGCACUUUUUGUAUCUGCCAUCAGGGCAGGCUGAAGCAUUUGGUACAUCCUCCUGUUGCUUUUUAUUUUUAGCUAAAAAUAUCCAAUACUGCAAACAAUUUGCCCUGAUGGUUUACUGUACUGCUUUCAAACUUAGCUGACAUGGAAUAAAUCAUUAGCGUUCAGGCUGAAGACAGAGCCACUGCAAAUAUUUAAACUAAACAAAAUAUCAGUAGCAAAAAUUGAGAUUUCAACGGAUGUAUUUUCCUUUCAAAAGGGACCUUUAAUAAGGAGAUUGUUCUGCUCAAAGUUAUAAAAUACACUUCCAUUCACUUUACUUUGCACAGCUGAGCUGUUGACUCUAAGAUCUGAUCUGUACUGUUCUAUUUAAUAUUUAGAAAGUCGAGAUAAAUAUUUCUGUGUCCAUAGUCUAUAUGAAAACAUACAGGUUCCUCCAGAAUUAAAGUGGACAUGCGGUUUUUAAA